UAAUGACACAACUAGUGGAACUACGCAAACAGGUGGUAUAGGUUUUAAAACUAGUUCAGGAUGGGGAAAAGAUAAAUUAUCCUGGAAAACACAUGAAGGAAUAUAUGAAUAUAUGUCAGAGGAAUUCUUUUUAUCAAAAGUAUUUGGCGAAUCAAUGCAACCUUCUCAUGUUAUUCCAUAUUAUUUCAAAGCUGUAUCGCCACCUAAAGAAGAAGAUGUUACAAUUACAACUUUAAUAACAUUAGAUCGUUUCAAAGUUUUUGAUAGAUUGGUUACAAAUUAUCAAGGUCCCAUUUCUGUGACAAUUCAUGUAAACGAUGACGAGAAAUCUCGUGAAGAACUAAUAAGUAAACUUCAUGAAUUAUAUCAUGGAAAUCAAUAUAUGAAAGAUUACGUUGAUGUGCAUUUAGUAAUUGAUAAAUUUGAAAGACAAUUUAAUAUGUGGAGAAAUGUGGCAAAAUUUUUUGCACGUACAAAUUAUGUCAUGAUGUUAGAUGUUGAUUUUCAUCCUUGUACAGAUUUUCGUCAUGGUAUACUUAAUAAUGAAGAAAUAAUGGCAAAAUUACGUAAAGGAAAUACAGCGUUGGUAGUACCAGCAUUUGAAUAUGCUAAUUUACAAGAAGGUUUAGAUUUUCGUACUUUUCCAACAAAGAAAGAUGAAGCCAAUGAACAAAUUGAUUCUGAACGUUUAAAGAUGUUUCACGCUGUAUGGAAACCUGGACAUUGGCCAACAAAUUAUACAUAUUGGCAAACAGCCAAGGAAAUUUACAAAGUUACAACCUAUCAAUACCAAUACGAACCAUAUGUUAUAUUUCCAAAAAAUAGUGUAUGGUGCGAAGAAAGAUUUGUUGGAUAUGGCGCAAACAAGGCAGCCUGUUUGUUUGAAUUAUAUAUUUCGGGCGUUGAUUAUUGGGUACUUCCAAAUGAUUUCUUGAUUCAUCAAACUCAUGAAUACUUGGAAGAUGCAAGAAAACAUGAGUUAUUUGAUCAUUUUCGUGAAGAAGUAUGUUUUAGAUAUGCAAGAGAUUUCAUUUUAAAUGAUGAAUGGGAUUCAGAUUUAACAGAAAAUCUUAAAAAGACAUGUGGUAAAAUACGUGGUUUCAGCAAAGCAGUAUCAUAUUUUGUAAAAAGUUUAUAG